AUGGGGGAAAACCAGACUUUGGUCACAGAGUUCCUCCUGCUGGGAUUUCCCCUCAGCCCAAGGACUCAGAUGCUCCUCUUUGGGCUCUUCUCCCUGUUCUAUGCCUUCACCCUGCUGGGCAAUGGGGUCAUCCUGGGCCUCAUCUGGCUAGACUCCCGACUGCACACCCCCAUGUACUCCUUCGUCUCACACCUGGCCAUUGUUGAUAUGUCUGCAGCAUCUGUGCUGGUGGGACCAUUCUCCUCCAUUGUGAUAUCCUACAUUCAGAUUCUACGCGCCAUCCUGAAGAUCCAGUCAGGGGAGGGGCGCCGGAAAGCCUUCUCUACCUGCUCUUCCCACCUGUGUGUGGUUGGACUCUUUUAUGGCACAGCCAUUAUCAUGUAUGUGGGGCCCCCACAUGGGGACCCCACGGAGCAGAAGAAAUAUCUCCUCCUCUUUCACAGCCUUUUCAAUCCCAUGCUUAAUCCCCUGAUCUACAGUCUGAGGAACAGUGAUGUCAAAGCUGCUCUGAAGAGGGUGCUUGAAAAGGAGAGAACUUCAUGA